GUCGCCCCCUUGCGGCCCUCGAGGCAGUUCCGCACAUUUGUUUUGUUUGGUUCGUCAAAUCUCAGCUGAUUGAAAUAAUAUAAAUAAUUAUGGGGUUUAAAGUAGUUUUAUGUUUAGUUUUAGUAUGUUUUACCCUCUGUGGUGCCCAAGACAUAACCUUCGACCUGUCUGAUAGAUUAAAAUCAACUAAUAUUUUAAAACAAUUUUACAAUUUUACGAACGAUAGGGCGCAAAUUAACAUUAAAAACAUUGCGGACUCUGUCGGAUUUAUAAUAGUGCAAGUACAUUCACAUUUGAAUAAUGUCACUCUGUCCUCAAGUAGAGACAACAAUUUAUAUUCGACAAUCACAGGCACCAACAUAGGGUUGAUCUACGCCAAUGACAGUAGUUCCACCACGUUUUACCUGUCGAAAUCUUUUACUCAACACAAUAAAAUAUUGAUAGUUAUAACCAUUCAUAAAGAUACAGAUCCUGUCCCUGGAGGCUGCAACCUAACCUUCAACAAUAAAGUCGCCCCAUACCAAAUGAUUUCCCAAACUGAUGACAUGAUAGAAGUUAAUUUUCAAGCUCCAUCUGGCUAUGGUAUUGACUGUGAUAACAACUCUAUCCAAAUAGAGAAGUACCACUUAUUUCUACCAGAAAUGGACAAUUCUACACAGAAAUAUUUUGAGUAUUUGCAAAAAAUGCUUACAGUAGAAGAUAUAACAAAACAUGGUUACAAGGUACCCAGUUAUGAGGGUUAUUACAAGUACAAGACUUUGUACAGUGCUUACAGGGGCACUGGUCAGGUGUUUGCAGUCGUAAUAAGGUAUAAUAAUGCCAGCUCGGCAUACAUACCAGCAAUUUCUUAUGCUUGUAAUGCCUGGGAUUGGGAUGACUGUUAUGGACCAAUAACUACACAUUGGAAGUUUGCUUGUGCUACGUUGUUGAUUUUUGGACUUUUUGUUUGUUUCUUUGGACAUUACUUUUUUAAAACUACAUUAGCUCUAGUUGCAUACACUUUUGGGGUUCUUCUUACAUUUCAAAUUAUGUCACUGACAAGUAAAUAUUCAUUUGAAGCGAGGUCAACAACAUCCCUGGUACUGGGAAUUGGGUACUCGGUGGCGUGGCAAUUUAUGUGGGUGAAAUUUGGCGUGCCUUUGUUGUCAGCGCUUUUGACUUACUUCCUCGCCGGAUACCUCGUUUCAUCUACUGUCUUCUAUGGCUUGGGUGACAUACCAAUAUUUCGCAACGAUGAGAAUUUCUGGUUAACUUUUGUGGGAAUUUCGAUCGUUACCAUGAUAAUAUUAUCCGGAAUGUUCUCUAUAGGACAUCGAUUAGGAUGCGUCCUAUUAGGUUCCUACGCCGUUAUAGUGGCUUCCAAUUAUUACUUGGGUGGUUACUUUCAGUACAUCAUGAUCAAUACGAUCAGAAGAGGUACCGUUAAGAAUUUUAAUAUGGCUGUGAUUGAUCAUCCUUAUCAAUGGAAAGAUAUGUUGCAAACAGUAGUUUGGGCUUUACUAGCUUGGAUAGGGAACUACAUACAGAAAAAAACUCAAAAGGGGAGAGCUCCCUUUCCUAAUAAUACUUGUUUUUUGAACUGCGGCGGUCGUCAAACGAAUUUAUUUAAUUCAGUCCCGACAGAGACUACUCCUCUAUUAAGAAGUUAUGUGCCCGAAUAUGUUUAAUUAUAUAAUGUAUUUUUUUAAAUUGUUGUUUUAUUGCCUCCUUAAAAUGUAUUAACAAUGAUGACAAUGUUUACGUCAUAGUUUUAAUUAUAGAAAAGUAAAACUUACCUUUUAUUAAAUUAUUGGAAGUUUAAUAGAAUAACUUAAAUAAAACUAAUGUAUUUGGAUA